AUGACACUUUUGGUCAGAUUCAGCAUCGUGCUGUUCGUUGCGUAUUAUGCAGCUGCAAAAGAUUUCUUAUAUCCACUAUCCAACGAGUUCAUAUCUCUGAUUAACUCGAAACAAAAUUCUUGGAAGGCUGGCCGAAACUUCCCAUUGGACACUCCGACGACACACAUCGAUGUGCUUAUGGGAACAAUCGAGGAUACACUCUUUGCUAUAUUGCCACCCAAAGUUCAUGAUGCUGACUUAAUAGCAAGCCUGCCGGAGAACUUCGAUUCAAGAGAGAAAUGGCCCAAUUGCCCAAGUCUACACGAAAUAAGAGACCAAGGAUCGUGUGGCAGUUGCUGGGCUUUUGGAGCUGUAGAAGCCAUGACCGAUAGAGUUUGCACUUACUCAAAUGGCACAAAACAAUUCCACUUCUCAGCUGAUGAUCUGUUAAGUUGCUGCAAAUUUUGCGGAUUCGGCUGUCACGGUGGUUUUCCGACAGCAGCGUGGUUGUACUGGGAAUUUACUGGUAUUGUAUCUGGAGGACCGUAUAAUUCGUCUCAGGGUUGCCGGCCUUAUGAAAUUCCUCCGUGUGAGCAUGGAAUUGAUGGAAGAAGACCGAAGUGUAAAGGAUACGGUAAAACACCUGAUUGCUUAAAGAAAUGUGAACCAGGGUAUAAUGUAGAAUAUGCGUUAGAUAAGCACCAGAGUAAAAGAGCUUAUUCUGUCAGCACCGAAGACCAUAUUAAAGCCGAAUUGUACACUCACGGUCCCGUCGAAGCCGCGUUCAAAGUAUACGAGGAUUUCAUGCAUUACAAGAGCGGGGUCUACGUUUACACGUCAGGGGUUUUAAAAGGGGGUCAUGCUAUCAAAAUCUUAGGGUGGGGUGUUGAGAAUGGAGUGAAAUACUGGCUGUGUGCUAAUUCCUGGAACAGUGAGUGGGGUGACAAAGGGUUCUUCAAAAUUCUUCGAGGAGAAGACCAUUGCGGCAUCGAAAGUGGAGUAGUGGCUGGAGAACCUGAUUUAGAUGGAUUUAAGUAAAGUAGCAAACAUUAUUUUCUCAAACAUGGUAUGAAAUAUUGAUGUUAAGAGCCUUAUAAUUGGCCGCGAAGUAUGACGUUUAGAAUUUGGCACGGUACGGCUAGAAUUUGGCCAUUUAAAA